UCUGCGAGCUUUCGCCACCUUCGAUAACUUUGCACUUAGUAUUAUUCAGUGGACGUCCGUACGACCGUAAUUUGUGUAACGCCUUUUAUAUUAUAUUAUUGUGUGUUGUUCUUUGAUUUGUUCUGCGACCGCAUUCGGACCGAGCCAUUUGGGAGUCGCCGAAGAAUUAUGGAUUAUCUCUCAUCUCGUUCGAGAACGUGACUUCGCAAUGCAAGGCGUCGUUUUCGUGCCACAGAAUUCGCAAGGCUCUCCGCCACCUGACAACAGUUUAGACAUGGAAGUGACCAAACCAAACCACCUCGCCAAAGAAAAAUUCCACAACCAAAGCACAAGAAGUGAUUCCGGUAUCUUCUCGACCACCAACACGACCAUAGACCACACCGCCAACUCGGAGAAUUGCGACAGCGACAACAGGAGCGACUGCAGCAGUCCCGAAAGGAAGUACGUGUGCCCAAUUUGCGAGACAAUGCUGACCUCGCAGCACGAGUUCACCUUGCACAUACGUUCCCACAACAACGAGGUGGAGCUGCAAGACAACGAGAAGGGUUUCACCUGCAGGAUCUGUCAGAAGGUGUUGAGCUCCAGUUCCAGCUUGGACAGGCACGUGCUGGUGCACAGCGGCGAACGUCCGUUCCACUGCAAGUACUGCGGCGACACGUUCACCACCAACGGUAACAUGCAUAGACAUAUGCGUACACACUCCAACAAGCCGGAGAACUAUGAGAGUGACGGCAGCACUGAUAGCAACGUCAGCAGUUCCAAGAGUACCGAAUACAACAACAACAAGAUCGAAAAGAACAACAAGAGGAAGUUGGAAUCUCUUCUCGAGGACAACAAUAAGAGACCGCGUAGCGACACAGAAAUGCCACAUUUGUUCAAAUGUCCGGUAUGUGACAGGUCUGACUUCAACACCACCACCAACUUGGAAAUGCAUCUUGAGGACAAUCAUCCCGAUUAUCCUGCAAGGUGCAACCAGUGUAGCCAAGUCUUUUCCAAUAACAAGCAGUUGAUGACCCACAAGAUUGUGGCGCAUGAAAACAGUCUUAAGAAGACGCCUGUUAUUGGCUUCGGAGAUAUCACAUUCGUCGACUUUUCGAGUCAGAAGUUCCCUAUCAUCGCUCGUGAUAUGUGCGAAAAAAGUUUACACAAGGUUUCCGGUGGCUUAAAAUUCCAGUGCAAGAAAUGUGCACGAGCAUUUCCCUGUUCGAAUUCCCUCGAAAUUCACGAAAAGGAAUGUGGAGCAACGAACAUUACAAACGGUUUGGACUUAUCCAAAGCCCCCAUUUCCGAGACAGAAAUCAAGCGCAUGGAAUUUUUCUCCAGACUGAACCUUCAGGACAACUCCCCGGAGAAGAUUCACCCUCCAAACCAUAUUCAACAUAAACUUCGUGAACAGAUUGUCAAAGCAAUAGCCGAUCAUCCUAAAGAUUUGGCUGACAUUCAGUCCAUUUUGUCUAACAUUAAUCUUCAACAACUGCAAAAUAAGCAAAAUGAAAUGCGAUUGAAUACGCCAAAGACACACUUAGACAUGUCAACCGACAUGAAGACCGAGGAGGAAGAAACACAAGAUCAAUUUGCUGUGGAAUUUAGAAAGAUGAAACUUCGUGGUGAGUUUCCGUGCAGAUUGUGCACCUCUGUGUUCCCAAACUUGCGGGCAUUGAAGGGGCAUAAUAGAGCGCAUCUUAAUGGAAACAAUAAUGGGACCUACCACUGCAAUAUGUGUCCACAUUCGUCUAUUGAUAAAGCUGCGCUUAUUAGGCAUAUGAGGACACACAACGGUGAUCGCCCAUACGAAUGUUCUUUGUGCAAUUAUGCUUUUACCACGAAAGCUAAUUGUGAAAGACAUUUGAGAAAUCGUCAUUCGAAAACCACCAGAGAAGAAGUCAAGAAAUCCAUAAUAUAUCAUCCAUCUGAAGAUCCAACCAACGAAGAUCUAAACAAACUGGCAGCUAAGGAUGAUUCCAAAAGAAUGAACUUCAGUUCUUCAACAGAUGGCGGUGAUUUGACUCCUGAAAAGCUACAUUGCUCAACUCCAAAAAUCCCCGAGUCUUUGAAAACUUUGCCCGACAUGAAAUCAGAGCUUAAUCUUCCAAAGCCCAAUUAUUCUCUUCUUCCGCCUUUCAAGCAAAACAUCAACGAGAUUAUUUGCAAUGAAAAUUUGAGGUCUUUGCAAGAGCACAGAAUUCUACAACAACCAUUUAAUUUUCCAAAGAAUAUUCAUGACAUUCCACAAAACAUGUCCAAGAUUCAAGUGAAAAGUCUUGAUGCACUAAAAGACAACAAUCAAUCCUAUGACAGCCAGUCCGAAGACGAAUACAAUGAAGAUGAGGAUCAACCUAUUGAUCUUAGCAAGAAAACAAUGGAUGACGACCAAAAGCGUAUUGAGGAAAUGCAACGAGAGGAAGACAACGAGUCUCCCCAAGAUUUGACUAAGAAAUCUCCACAACUUGCUCCUUUUAACAUUAACGAAUUCCAGUUAUUGAAAAAUCAUCCAGCUGCCCUUUACCAAGCUUCUCAAUUAGCUCAGUUCUACCGUAAUAGCUUCACAGGUUUUCCCAACUGGAGUUAUCCUCUAAGUCCUCUGCUAUUUUCAUCAAUCCCAUCGCCAUUAACACCCAACUCAGAAGAUUUGCAGAAUAAAAUGAGGUUGCAGAUGUGUGGCGGGACCAUGAUCAACGAUUACAAAACUUUGCAAAACAUGCAACAAGUUUUAAGAAACCCCAUCAAUGUGUUCAAUGGAUAUAAAGUGGGUGAAAAUAAGUCAGAGGUAAAAAUGGACAACUUUUCAACUCCGAAAAAAUCAGAUGAUUUGAAGCCACUUAAUAUUGAUACCAGUUUUACUGAUGGCUUAAUGAAAAUGCAGAGUCCUAUUCCUCAAGCCAAGUCUGAAAUUAUGCAGUCACCUAACUCGGUGAAAAUGGUAAUUAAAAAUGGAGUUUUAAUGCCGAAACAGAAACAAAGAAGAUACAGAACUGAAAGACCGUUUACCUGUGAACAUUGCUCUGCCAGAUUUACUUUACGUUCAAAUAUGGAGAGACACAUCAAACAGCAGCAUCCUCAAUUCUGGGCUCAACGUCAGAAAGGGAGCGUCGGUAAUCCCGGCCGUAAAUCUCAAGGGUUAUCACUGAAACCGAAUUAUUGUGAUUUGAGCAUACCAAAUUAUGAAAUUCCAAAAAAUCUGGAAUACGAAGAAGCCAAAGAACCCAUAAGUGAAAAACUCAAGUACGCCAUACUGGCACAACAACGUGUUAAACAAGAGAUCAAGAGAGAUGAAGAUGAUGACUGUGGUCUAGUCAUUGAUGAGAUUGAAGAAAAACCAGAAAUUAAGACUGAAGAUAACCAAAGAAAUGAGUUUUCUAAAAGUAAAAUACUGGAGGAAACGCUCAAAGAACUCAAGGCAAAGUGUAAGAAUGAGAAGAUGAGAUCCGAAGAAGAUCUUGUCCCAGUUUCCAGACUGUUGGAUAAUGCGUCUCAGCAACAAUUCAAGGAAUAUUUUAAGAGAGAUGGUGAAGAUGCUGAAGUUGGCGUUGGUUCUGAAGAAGAUGAAGAUGGUCUAGUUGCCAGUGGAAGCACCAGCGAGGGAAACAUUUCUGGGACAGAUGAAAAUAAAUCUGAGUCUGAUACAACAAUUCCCGUUAAGAAAAAGUCUGCCUAUUCGUUGGCACCUAACAGAGUGUGCUGUCCAUACUGCAGCCGAAAAUUCCCAUGGACCUCAUCAUUGAGACGUCACAUCUUAACACACACAGGUCAGAAGCCUUUCAAGUGCAACUACUGUACAUUACUGUUCACCACCAAAUCAAACUGCGAUCGUCACAUGUUGAGAAAACAUGGAAAUGCUACAACCGCUGUUUCUAACGAGAACUUCAACAACAACAAUUCCAACUGUUUGAUGAGAAACGUUCCUGAAAGACCAUUUAAGUGUUCAAACUGUCCCAGCAGCACUUUCUCUACAUAUUCCAACUUGAAGAAACACAUUAGUUGCAAACAUUCCACCAAUGCCCAAGGAGACGACAUAAAAGCUCAGGGUUACGAGGCCGGAAGUUCCGAGGACGAGAAAAUGACACACAACGAAAAGAACGACUGGGAAAAUCAGCUUUCAUUCAGUAAAAUCCCGAUGACAAGCGACAAUAUCUCAUCGGGCCAAGUCCCGAAUUCAGAUCUGCCAUUCAAAUGCCAUUUGUGCGAGGGCUCAUUCAGCGAACGUCAAGAAUGUCUGGACCACAUCAAGUUGAAGCACGCCUCCGAAUACGAUCUUCUCAUGUCUAAGAACGCUUUGGAUCCGAAUGCAACCACCCCUGACGACGCCUCUCACCACGACGACGAAGAGAGCGAAAUCAGAGGCAAAUUUCCCGACUACUCCAACAGGAAAGUGAUUUGCGCCUUUUGCAUGCGCAGAUUUUGGUCUGCCGAAGACCUGCGGAGGCAUAUGCGCACCCACACAGGUGAAAGGCCGUUCAGCUGUGACAUUUGCAAGAGACGUUUUACGUUGAAGCACAGCAUGCUUCGUCAUAGGAAGAAGCACAGCAUCAAAUCCGAUGGGGAAAAUAACAGUUACGAGAACGACAUCAACACAGACGAAGACAUCAAUGCGUCUCCGGGAUAUGAUGGUUUUAUGCAAGGUGAUGAAAAUAUUCCUAUUUUAAAAACUGACGAGUCUGAUUGUAACGAAAGCGGUGAUUUGAUUAGUAAUUUAUUGGGGAUUAGGGAUAGAUCGAUAAUUGAUAAAGUUUUGGGCGCGUCCGCCGACGAUGCAGCCAAGUUAUUGGGAGUUAAAAAUGGGGGGGUUAAAGAAUAAUUAUUAGCAUUAUUUUAAGUUUAAGAUGGGGGUAAGAGUUUUUGUUGUUAAAAUAUAUUUAAUUGUUCGAAUUGUUGCUUAGUUUUUAAUUUAAAGAGGUAUUUUUUAUUUUUAUUUUUUUCGAAUGUAUAUUUUGUACAUUGUUUCUGAUUUAAAGUAAAUCUAUGACAUUCCAAAUCUAGUCAGGUUUAUCCAGCAUUUGAGAUGCAAAAUUGUAGAAAAUUUUUUGAAAUGAGUAUAGACUAGUUACAAUUGUAUUAUAAUUAUUUAAUAAUGUUUUUAUUUUUUAAUAAAAUUUGUACAUAACAAAUUAUAAUACGGUCUAGAAAACCAAAAAGUAAGUUAAAGAGAUUUUGAAAUUGAUUUUAUAAAUCACUUUUGAAAAUCGUCUCCACAUAAUAACUAGCUUAUUAUGUACUCUAAGUCGUUAACGUACUAUUUGCCUUAUGUUUAAAGAAGAGUGUCUUAAAAUUGCCUUUAGGUAUAUUGUAAGUUUAAGCAAUAUAAAUAUAUAUAUACAUACAUAUAUAUUUAGGAAUAUGUUUACACUUAUGUAAGUUUAAAUUUCCACAUUAAUCUGUACAUAUCUCGUUUAGAUGUAACAUAUAGUAAUUUUAAGUUUAAAGUGGUUAUAAACUAUUUAAAAAUCAAAAUUAAUUUAGAACGGUGGAAUUUAAAGUUACAUAUAUUCAUGAAGCACUGAGUGUGUCUGAAUAGAAAUUAAUUUAUAGUUUAAAAGUUUGUGCAGUGUGGUAUUUUAGUAGAAAUGCAGUGAGAUUUUGUAGCAUUUUAUAUUUAUAAGGUGUUUUUAUAGUACAAGUUUUGAAAUUAGACGACUUGUAUACCCUCAGCUCUAAUUUUGAAUUGUUCUAUUUAUACUAAAGUGUAGGAUUGCACGUUUUUUUAUUUGUUAUUUGCACCUUCGUAAUAUUUUUAGUAUGGUAUUCCCACAUUCACGCUGUGUCUUAAAAAUGUACUUAGAGCUUAAGAUAUGACUGCGUUACUAGACCAGUUGUAUCUGCAAAAGCAAAAUUUAGCAAUUUCAAAGCAAUGAGUGAAAAAAACUAUUUGUAGUAUUUAAAAAUGUUGUCCAGGUUGUUAUAAUGCGGUUUAAUGUCAUUUUCUUCUCUUAUUAUUUUAAAAAUAAUUUGUAUGCCAUAUUUAUGUAGAAUAUAUAAAUUUUUAUUGUAUUCAAGUUUUAUCAUGUGGAACAUCGAUGAAACAUUUAAAAUUGUAUUUAUUCAAAUACUUGAUUAUUUCAAUAAAUCAUUAUUAAUGCUC